ACUGGUCGGCCAUUUUGGACCGAAGUGUGUUACCGUCGUGUCUCCGCUGCCGCACUUUUCGUGCAUUUACUUGGUUAUCUUACAUUGUCAUCUACUUCUGAGUCAUUGACAGCUUUUAACUGUCUGCGUAUUAUCAUUUUUUGAUGGAGAUAAGUGACUGCCACGCUGAUGUUUGUGGGGACGGGUUCGAGAAAUCCCGAAGAAUUUCAGAUGGCGGUAUCUCUGUUAACCAUGAUCACCUGGAACAUGAGAAACGUGUCCGUCGUGAGAUCGCAAACAGUAACGAGCGACGACGUAUGCAGAGUAUAAACGCGGGUUUCGAUUCCUUAAGGGACCUCCUACCACCUAUACAGGACGGGGAGAAGAUGAGCAAAGCCACUAUAUUACAACUCACCGCGGAAUACAUUCAGAGUCUGCUCAAUCGUGUCAGUCUGUUAGAAAAUGAGGUUGCGGUUUACCGUCGGACGACUGGGAUUCAACCGACUACAAUCAUACCUGAUUUUCCAAUAGAGUUCAGCGUUUGCCGCAAACGUAAACAGGAGGAAAAGAAGAAACGUUCUAGUUGCCCUCGCUCCAGACGUAGGCGUGUCGCUCAAGAUUCUGCGUACAAUGUUUCCCGUUCGUAUCUCUCCCAUUGCUCACCAGUCAGCAAUGAUAUCCGGCAAACUUCUCCCUCCACUUCCUGUAACAGCAGUGCAUCCGUAUCACCUACUUCUCCUAUUCCUGAUGGAACAAGCAGCACUUCUGCUCGAUUGGAGCACUUGGUAAUGGCGAUUGAACAGAUUGAAGGUGGCCGCGCUCUUCAUAUGUCUGGCACCGAAAGUCAGGAUGGUCUCUCGGCUGAUGAACAGUCUCCUGCGUUUUCUGAUGAACCAUACUGGCAGAGUCCACAAGGUCUCCACAUUUGUAGCUACCAUGAUACACAAGAUUCCAACCUCAAACCUCAGACCAGCUUUACUGACAUUCUCAUGCUAACUCCUGUUUCGGACGUUGCAAACGUCAGCCUCCCGGUAAACGAAGCUAAUUCUCACAACCGGAACACUACGGAUUAUCCAGUUGUGUCCAAGCUCCUCAAUCGUCCCAUACCUCACAAGUACCUACAUAGACCGCAGGUUGUUGUUAACAGUUCUCAUUAGGGUGUGGGGUUCUUAAUGGUUUCUGCAGUUCUUCGUCUUGUUUUGUGGUGGAUGAAAUCAUGAGCUUUCGAUGUACAUAUAGUUUGAACUUGCUUCUCCGGCCUUGCUUACAUUUUUUGAUUUUUCUACUCCCGGUAUCCUGUUACCAAACUCGAUCGUUAUGCUGCGACCACAGCCAGUUCCGAAAUCCCUGUGCGAACUCCACAUCUCAGCUUUCUUUCAUAUCGCCGCAGUGACAGGUUUGACUAUCGUGUUCAUUGAGUUAUCACUACCGGUCUAGUUAGAUGUUAUACUGUUUCGCGUUCCAAGUAAAUUUUGCGAUUAAAUUAGCGGCACUU